GCAGGAAACACAGGAAACCAUGAGCGCCGGGCUAUCGCAACAAUUCUGCGUCCGCUGGAACAGCCACCUCGGCAGCCUGGGAGCGGCCUUCCCACAGCUCUUGGCCGGCCAACGGUUCGUCGAUGUGACGCUGGCGUGCGAGGGCCACCAGGUGCACUGUCACCGGCUGGUGCUGGCCGCCUGUUCGACCUACUUCGAACACCUGCUCGGUGAGAACCCCUGCCAGCAUCCGAUCAUCAUCCUUCCGCGGGACAUCAAACUGUGGGCCAUGCAGGCGCUGGUCGAUUUCAUGUACAAAGGAGAAGUGAACGUAUCUCAGGCGGGUCUGCCGGACUUGAUGAAGUGUGCGGAAAUACUGAAAAUACGGGGUCUCUGCGGUUCGGAUGCGGCCCUCAAUUUAAACCAAAUCCACAGUCCCCCGGUGGCGUCGAGCACCAACACCUCCUUCCAGCAGCAUCUACCAGCCACCGAUGCGGGGACCGAAGCCACCAUGACCAGUACAAAGGAUACACGGGCGCCAAACAACAAACAACCCCAGAGCCAGUUCCAAAAUCGAUCUGAACCUCAUCACAACACACGAGCUUCGCAGCAGAGCGGCAGCGGAGCAGGGCACGGAGGUGGCCCCAAGGGACAGCUGCUGAGCAGUUUACACCUGCAGCCGGUGAUCGGAGCACGGAGUCAGCUGCUCCAGGACGAUUGCAAUAUUAGUGAUAAUGGGGAAAGUAGCAACGAGAUGUGCAUAAAAACCGAAGACUUAAUUGAUGAUGACACUAGCAGCAAGCCAUGUGAGGAUGAAGAUGAGCUUGAAAUGGACCCUGGAGAAAAAAUCCCUUCGGACGCGAAUCGCUGCGAGCAGCAGCUCCUCGAAGCUCAUGCAGCAGCCAUGGAGGUUGAGGAGCUGGUGGACGACGGGGUGUCGGUGCAGGAGGCAGAAAGUGGGGAUAAGGAAAGAUCGGCCCAGAACGCCGACGGAAGCGCCGCUAGCAAUGAUGCGCAAGACGCCGCUGAGCCUAAGCGUACUGACGAUGAUGAGAAUGGUCAAGGCGAUGAAGUGCUGGAGAUGAGAGAAGAGACAGAUGAGCCGGUGGCGGAGGAUGAGGCUUCCAAGAGCAACAAGACCGAACAAGAGCGGACAAGAACAAUGCCCCUGUUUAGUUCCGCCCGUAACGGCGCGCCUAACGACGACGACCAGCGCCAACAGAAAAGUCAAGCGAACGGUGCCAAAAGUGGUGCCUCGCUCACUAUCCAGCGGGCACCGCCCGGCUCGAUACGGGUUAAAUCCAUCGAGAAUCUCUUUGCCAACUACCAGAGCAAACACUCACCACUGGUAGCGCCGGGAAAGUCGUCCCGCGCAGAAAAGCGUCGACUGGGGCAUCAGAAGUGCCCGCGUAGUGAAAGUGCCAAUAGUGACCGUUCCGCCAGAGGAUUGCCCGCUUCGCUCGUGUUCAAUCGUGACGCAAUGGACAUCUACCUGCGAUCCGGCGGUGGUGGCGGCAGCACCGGUGGCGAUGAUGAAGCAACCAGUGCCACCGAUGAGGACGGUUACGAAAAUAUCAUCUGCUCGCCAAACUUCCCGCCCCUGUCGGGCGUCAUCAGUAGCUACAAGGCUGAGGAAGAGGAGGAAGAAGAGGAGGAAGGAGAGGACGUCGACUACAGUGACGAUCGGUACGCCAUACAGCUGCUGGCGGAGGAAAUCGAUAGCAGGAUGCUGGCCAACGGGGCGGACAGCGAGGGAGACGAGAUACUUCUAAAACCGCCGGCUCUGAUGUCGUUGGGGAAGGGCUCCGGAACGGUCGGUAGUGGUGGCGGGCGAAACAGUAUGGGCAGCGUCCGGCCGCAGAUCCUGCGCACAUAUGGUCGAGGCGUGACGGGAUCAGGAGGCGGUUCCAACGCAUCGCUCACGGUGCGCAAACUGGCCCGUCAAACGGACGGAAGCGGUUCGCAUCCAGCGAACAGUCGGCAGGUACGACGGCCACGGCUUACGGCACGUACCAGGGAAGCGUUCAGCCACUUCAUCAACCCGUCCGGAGCUCCACCUCCCAUCUCCUUCACGCUGCGUAAUCCGCGUGGCAACCAACCACGCUCGUAUAACACCGAGGCCCUGUGGGCCGCCCUGAUGGACGUAAAAGCGGGUGAAAGCAUCUACAGAGCUUCGCAAAUGCACAAAGUUCCUCGCAAGACGCUGCGCAACUGGAUGAAGCGGUGGGACAUCAAGUCGGCCUACCCGAUGCCGAGGCAGCUUAAGGAGGCGGCCGAGAAGAAGCGCAUCAUCAAAGAGCUGACCAGCCAAAUUCAAUAGCAUCAGCAAGAGCAGCAUCAGCUACUGCUGCAGCACCACCAGCCGCAACAGUCGAUGCUAGUGCAAUCGUCGCCACUCAUUUGCCAAACGGACCAACCUCAAGAGUCCACCUUCCACUAUGCCAACGCGUCGGUCAUUGCCGCAUCAGCGACCCCGGUGGUGUCAUCGGCACAGGUCGCUGUCGUUGCCAGCACCGUGCCAAUACUAUGGGGUAUAUAGAAGCGGGAUCGAGAGAGACCGGGGAGCUGACGGCAACUCGAAUCGCGAGGUUGUUGACGACGCUCGGGAUGAUGGUGUUUACUUUAAUUUUACUUCUAGUUUUAACCAAACAAGAAACAAAACAACCAACAACACACAACAAGAAGCCAAGGAUUGUGGAUAUAGUCAACAGAAUAAGUAUAACUAUUAAAUUUAUACAUAUAAAUAUAUAUAUAUAUAUAUAUUUAGACUUGUGUGUGUCAAAGAACGUGUUGCGUCGCGAGCCGUAAUCGCAGCCAGGAUAAAAGAUGCCAACAUAGGGAUAUACGGUAGGCACUCCGUCGGGUGUGGAACACAGGGAGUGACCAGGGAGAACGGAUGUAGUCGAGAUGAAGUAUAUAUAUUAUUUUACACUGAACCAUAUAGAUAAGUGAACGAUGCGGGAAAGCGCAAGACGGGGACAGAAUUCUUCCUUAGAGGAGCCAGUAACGUAAGGGGGGCAUUGGGACGUGAGUGCCCCGUGUUUGAUCAUCAAACAUCAAACAUCUUCCAAUAGUCAGAACAAAUGAAACUAAACAAAACCAAAUCAACAAACAUCCCGUGUACGUUCUCGCGUUCGCACGCGAAACGUGUAUUCAGUCAGCCAUUGUUCCUCAGCCAAAUAGAUUUUGUACGUUUGGUUCCUUUGCAGAAUAUUUUGCGAAUUACAGUACGAACCUACCGCAGGGCGAUGCCAUGCUGGUUGCUCGGCGGUGUGCCCGGCACCGUUACCACUGGAGCACCAGCUUUAGUUUGAAUAGUCGAUCGGAGAAAGAUUUCUUUGACUUGUAAGUUACCUUUCCGCUCUAACCCUCCGGACAUGGGCGAGAUAGGUUAAUGAAACAAGACAAAUGGAAAAAUAGAACAAAAAUCACAAGCCAAGGUGAACCUUUAGUUUCCAAAACAUUUUAACGUAGCGUAGCGCAAAACAAGUGAAAUUUUCUUUUGUUGAAGAAAAGUUAUAGGAAAAGAUCGUGAAGCUUUCUAGUCAACGUCUGUUUUAUAAGCAGAACACUAAUAUUAUGCUAUUUGUUUGUUUCGUUUCGUACGUUUCGCCUGUGCUUACCUUUAGUUUAGACCUUUUUUGUUUGUUAUUCGCCAGUGAGAGAGAACCGCAACCGGUCGCGUAUUGGGUAGGGUUGCAUACGGAAGGCGGUUUUGUAUAUUUAUAGUUUAACGCACGAAACGCGGCGUUUUCUUCCACUAUUUUGCAUCUCGUGAGCAUAGAUUUCUAGACAGACCAGACCAAACCCUACACUUUCCUCGGACGCCGAUCGCCCCUUUGGUCCCAUGAACCAUUGAUUCCGAGACCGAGGGCAAGCGACGUAGGAAACGCUGGUAGGAGAGAACAGGGAUGGUCCACACCAUUUCCCUGCCGUACUUAUAGUAAGGUAAUUGUGCCGAUGAAGAUAGUUUUGUAAUCGAAUGGGGGGCGCCAGCAGAAUUGUGUGAACCAAAUAAUUUAUAGUCAAAUCAGUCAUUCUAUCCAGCCGGCCGCCAUCAGAAACGCGAGAGAGUAUUUUGGAACACUGCGUAGGUAAAAAAUGAUGGUGCUGAUGCUGUGCGAGACGCCGCUGGUGCAAUUUCUCCUGCACAUGAAUGAAUGUCUGACUCAGUGUCCGCCAUUAUUUCCACGAAAAGUUCUUGUUUUGUACUGAGAGGGGUAUUUUUCUCAUGAGCCAAGUGAAAAUGUGAACGAAUAGAACUUAUGACCGGAUAUACCAGGAUAUAUAUAUAUACAUAGAUAUAUAUAUUGUGCAUCCAAAAGAUCCAUACAAACG